AUCGGUGUUUGCGUUCACGCGAGGUACAAAGAAGUACUGAAGUGUAAGAGUGGAGAAACAAUAACGAGAAGUUGUGAUAAAGUGGCUUGGCUUGAGGAAAGAACAUUUUGGAUGUUCGAGGGCUUCAUGUUUGCCUCGGCGAUCGUUUCUUGUAUCAGUAUACAUUGGAGAGAGGCCGUACACAGUGCUCGUGAGUAAGUAGUGACGAUUGUGACGAAAAGAUAC